UAUCUCACUUCUAUGGCCUUUUCGCGGACUAAGAAACUCUUCUAAGUAUAUACCAACAGUCCUGUGAAGAAUUCCAACCCACUGCAGUAAUUCUUCGUGUGGAGGGAGGCCUGUGAGAGGCGAGAAAUAAAGGUGUUGGCGCUGGGUGUGUGUGGGCGCGUGGUGGCAGCGUUGUGAUGGCCGCAGCCUGACGUGAGUCCCGCUGUUGUUGAGUCCACGCCAUGGCCGCCGCCGCUAUGAAAGACCCCAGGACUUUCUUUACACAGGGCACCGCUGCUCAGUUUGACUAUGUGUACAACUUAUACGAGGAAGCGGUAAAGCUGAAGGCAGAGCAGAAAAAUAGGAAGCCUGAAGAGUUUUUGAAGCUGGAUAAAUGGUACCAGAAAGAGUUACCUGUCAGGAUAAAGGCCCGGGGGAAGGAGGCUCACCUAACCCAUGAAGAACUAUGCCUAUGUAUGAAAUGGAAGCUCUCGCGUGGAAAAUUUUCUCCAAGAUUAAAGGAUCUAAUUCAAAUGAAUACCCCACGCCUCUGUAUUUCUGAAACCAAAAAAGCUUUCCGCCAACUGCAGAAGAGAGAAGACCUACCCUCUGCCGUCCAAGCCUUAUGUAACUUGAAAGGUGUCGGUCCUGCAAUGGCCUCCACAAUCCUGACGGCUGGGAAUCCCGAGAUGUGCGGCUUUAUGGCAGAUGAGUGUCUCUUGGCAAUCCCAGAAAUUGAAGGAAUUGAUUACACCACUAAAGAACUCAUUAACUUUGUUGAACAACUGAAAACUGCAGCUAAUAGAUUAAACAAAGAAGGCUCUGAAAACCAUUGGAACCCACACAAAGUUGAGAUGGCACUGUGGGCACAUUUUGUGCUAGGAGACCUGAAGAAGGAGCUGCUUGAUGGUAUGCCAGGUGGAAACACCGGAACGCCAGCACCAUCCUCCACACAGACACCAGCAGAGAAUGGAGAUGCACAGACCCAGUCCCCACAGAAGGCAAAGAAUGGAGAUACAAACCCCGAGGAGAGCAAUGACUCCAUGGAUUCUGCCUUUGCCAACAAGGAAAACCUCACUGCAAACACUAAUGGCACCUCUGAUGCAGAGAACAGCAGAGCUUCUGUCAUUCUAAAUUGUGAGGACACAAAUGACUCUGUGGCAGUGUCAGAAGCAGCCAGUGAGCCUGUGUCUGAAGCCCCAAGUGAGCCUGUGUCUGAAGCUCCCAGUGAAACGGUCAGCGAGUCUGACACUCAAGAUACCCCCAGCGCUGCCUCUGCCAUCCGCCCCACAGACAGCACUGAUGAACCAGCACAGAAGAAAAUUAAGGUGGAUGAAUAGUAUGUGGAGUGAGGAAGCUUGUGUACUCUGCUACCACCUGUAUGUGGAGUGAGGUGGCUUGUGUACUAUAUUACCACCUGAAUGUGGAGUGUGGUGGCCUGCAUACUGUUAUACCACCUGAAUGUGAGUGCGGUGGUUUGUGCAUUCUUUUACCAACUUUUCAAGCCCCACUCUGCCCCCCACUUUUUUUUUUUUCUCUCUCUCUCUUUCUCUCUCUCUGUCUCUCUCUUUCCCCCUAUUAUUUUUUUAAAAACUUCCCUGGAUGGGCCUGGUAGCAGUGCCAGGACUUGUGUAGGGAUGUAACACUGUUGUGACUUGGUCUGACUCACUGGCAGAGCUGCACCCCAGGAGUCUGAAUCCCCCCACCCUUGUGCACUCAUGUAACAUACAUUCCAAGAGGCUUUUUAUCAUGGAGAGAUAACCUAUUUUCUACAUGAACUUUCCAGUCUGCAGCAUGAGUUAGCCUUGGCACAGGAAUGAGUUGGAUGUAAUGAAUCCAUUGCAAGGUUGGUAAUGACCUUGUGCUUCAGGAGGAGACAACACUUCCAAAUGAAGAUGAACCUGGCAGAUAUGUAGCUUGUGGCAGAAUCAAUUAAGUUCUGCUUACAGCUGCUUUUUCAUUUAAUAUCCAACUAGUGAGCUGUUCAUCCUGUCGUGGAUUCAUUUCUCUGACCAUCCACUUAUGCAAUGCCUCUGGAAGGAUGCCCUCCCUGUGCAUCCAGCUGAGGAUGUGGACUACCCUUAAUUGAGUGUUUUAUUUACAGUUUGCAUAGAUUUUUUUACAUACAUAUAUAUGUAUAUAUAUAAGUAUUUUAACGAAUUUUGACAUUUUACAAAGUCUGUGCAGGGUUGGGUGGAUUUUUAGUGGUGCAACCUGCAUUAUGUUCAUUGCACGAAAGUCUUCACAUACAGUCCACUGCCACAGAGUGAUUUAGGCUCACCAUCACAUCAUUCAUUAGUAUUUGUCCCUCAGUUUGGAAGGUUAGACUAAUGGCAGAACUUUCUUGACAUUACCGUAAAGGCCUUUUGGAGUUGCAUUAACUUUCACAACAGUGUUACACAAUGUCCAGGAACCCACGUCACCAGGAAUUAGUCCCAGUAGGCCUUGCAUUCUUGUACAGUGAGUCCUUGCAUAAUGGGAUUUAUUUAUUUUUUUUUUCAUGCAAAUUGAGUGAAAAAUGAGCCUGGGAACAUAAGUUCAAGAUGGACUAAUGGGGCACAUUUUUUGUUGCUUUUUGAGAAAGGAAAACAAAUUACUGAUACAGGUUAGGCAAGGGCUUACUGUAUGCACAUCAUUGGAUUAUUUCAUUGAUCUUAGCUAUUACAAGAAUUUGUAUUAAUUAAUUUCUGGAGUGUUAGUAUAAUUGAUUCGAACUCCUUGUAUUUCACCAUUCAUAAACACAUACUUUUGUGUAUGUUUUGUUUGGUAUUAGCAGAUGUUGAGAGAAUUUAUUAUUGGUAAAGUAAUUUGGGGAUCCCUCACUCGAUCUGCUCCACACAAACUUUCAGGUCUCCGCAAUAAGCAUGAAUGUCUAAUCUAGCCAGAGCAUAGCUGCAUGUCAGUGCUCUUUGCAGUGUUCUGGUAGGCAAUUUUGGAUGAUACAAAAUGGAUAGGGUGACAGCAAGUGUUGAUGAUAGUGAAUGUUGUAAGAGACCAAGUGGCAAGUUGAUAUUAGUAGGUAACAGGCAUAAAAAGAAAACCCACCACUAUAUUCUGUUUGAACAUCUUAAGUUUAGGUAAUCAAGUAUAUUACCCUUGCAAAAUAAUCUGAAUUUAAAUUUAACACCUUGGAAUGACCACCUAAGGCUAUCUAGAAGACUAGAUAACUGCUAUUACUUUCACUUUCUCCAUUUUACAAUCUAAGGUUAUAGUAAUUCGAGUAAUAAGGAGUAAUUUAAGAUGUCAUUAAUAAAAGAUGUUUCAUUACUGUUUACAAGAAUAACUGGUGAAUAUAUAUAUUUUUUUCGUUUGACAUACAAGCAUGUAAAAUGAGUGAGGAAGAAAGCAUUGAAGAGCACACUUCUUUUGCUAUGUAUAGGUCUUUAUAUGUAGCAUUCACAUGUGGCUCCAAACCUCAGGCUGCCCCUCUGCUACACACUUCUAUUUAUUCAAGUUCUGUAUUUAUUUUCGUUGUAUUCCUCGGUAAACAUUGUAUCAUUAUGACAGGUACCACAUUCUGUUGUCAAGCAAAGGGCUAGAUGUUGGCACGUAAUGCAGUGCUAACUCAGGCAGUGUGGGAGACAUUGAGCGGGUCAUAAGCUAUUCAGGUGGAGGAAGGUUGUGCACCCUUAGUGGGAAGGGGGUUCUGAGGGGGGGUGAGAUGUUCAUGUCAUCAACAGAGGCUCCAACACCCAGGCAUGGCUGCAGAUUAGUGCCUCAUGGACAAUAAAUUUUUUAUAUGUCAGCAAGGAAACAAGUUGGCAGAGGAAAGCCUGGUGUUUUUGUAGCAGGUCCCAUGCUGCACAUCACUCCCGUGCUGACUCCCUCCCCUCCAUUCCUUCCCCAAAGCUAUCUCUUUACAUUCCCCCUUCCCUUCAUUACUUUACCCUACUUCAUUUGCUCCCACCAACUUCUAACAUUUCCCUUCCCUGCCUAUUCUUGGCAAGGAGCCAUGGAACUGCCCAGAGAAUUUGCUUUCCCUGCUUGAUGAGUAUAAUUUAUCUCCCCUCCUUCUAGAUGAUCCAAGUUUCUUAUAAAUCUUUUGACCUCAGGCAGGUCUUCAUAAGACUGUCUGAAAGUAACCUAUUCCAUUACUAAUGGAAAUUUGUAUAUAUGGACAUGUAGAGGCCACACUACACUCAAGACGGAGCAUAGGGAUUUCACCGAUUAGAAAGUUGAAUUUUUGGGGCUUCAUUAGUUAAUCAGUUUAUUACUUGUAGCUUAACACUGAGCAUCUGGACGAAGGAAGACAAUGCUCUGGUAACUGAAAUGUCAAUUUUUUUCCAGUUCAGACCUGACUGAUUUUGUGAGGGUUGGAAGACUCCUGGCUUCUCUGGCUCCUGUAAGCACUAUCCCUCUCCUCCAAUAACAAUAUCCUGCCUUGUAUAGUCCCAUGGAAAAAAAUGCUUAUUUUUCUAUGUAAAAUCAUGAGAGGACGGCAGUAAGAGCACCGUCCCAGAAACAUAACCCGAGCUCUGUCUCCUGACCCCUCUCCCUUCCUAACCUGCCCUUCUCCCUCUCUUUCCUGCCCACUCCCCCAUCACCCUAUCCUGGGAGGUCAUUGAUCAUUGUGGGUCUGGAGAUCAUCAUCAUUGUAGGUAGUUGUAGGUGUCAUUAUUAUUUAAUCAGUAGACUUGCACACAAAUACCUGAACUCUAGACUUUGGGGCUGUACAGGUGUGCAUCCCUGGUCUUACUUCAACCAAUUAUUACUGAACAAUGAAAACCUUAUUAUUAAUGAAUAAUAAAAAAAACUGGAGUGAAUGCUACCACAGAUAUGGCCUUACACAACAGGAAGAUUUGGUGUUUUAGUAUAUUCUAUUUCAGUUUUAAUGUGAUAGAAUUAGUUCAAAUAAAGGAUUCACACCAGAA